AUGCCGACGUCGGACAGCUUCCGAUCUCCGACGUCCGGCCGCGUCCGAACGCCAACGUCAGGCCUCGUUCGGACUCUGAUGUUGGACAGUGCACCUCAUUCAGACGAUGGGGAAACGAUGAUGCCGAGAAAGCGGAUGAAGAUGUCGAAGGAAUCGUUGCGGAAGAAAACAAAGGAAGGGAAUCGUCACUGGGAUUUGCGAGAUUAUGCCGGCAAUGUCGCAGAAUAA